AGCAAAGUAAACAACGACUCCCAGCUCCUUGAGCCAGAUUUUCUUCUAAAGCUGGUCCUGGUUGGGAACACAGGGGUUGGGAAGACAUGUCUGCUCCUGCGCUACACCGACAACAUGUUCUCUGAGACUUUUAUCACAACUAUUGGAGUCGACUUCAAGAUUAAGACUUUGGACGUUGAGGGAGGAACUGCAAAACUUCAGUUGUGGGACACGGCUGGACAGGACCGCUUCAAGUCUAUCGUGUCCAGCUUCUAUCGCGGAGCUGACGGCCUUAUUGUGGUCUACGACCUCACGGAUCUCGACAGCUAUGAGGCCUUGCCUCGCUGGUUGUCCGAGGCAGAGCGCUAUGGCAGUCCCAACUGUGUUCGCAUGAUGGUUGGGAAUAAGGUAGACAUGACGGCCAAGCGAGUGGUGGAGAGACAGACAGCGCAGGCUUUUGCAGACAGGCUAGGCAUGGAGUAUCUGGAGACCAGUGCUAAGAAUGCCAGCAACGUCCAGGAAGCCUUUACCAAAUUGGCGCACAGCAUCUUGGAGAAGAAGCGAGCUUCGGGCCUGCUCGUUUCUAGGGACGCAAGGAAGGAUGGGGAAAUCAUCGGGCUCACAAAAGAGCCGUCACAGACAAGCUGGUGCUGGGGUGGCGAAAGCUGCUCCACCUUGUAAUGGGAUUUUCUGCUCACUCUAGGAAAGUCCACACGCGGAAAGGUCGAACGCUCAAAAAAAGGGCUUUAGCGUCAACAUUCCUUUGUUUAAAAGAGAAAAAAAAGCGAGCCCCAACGCUAGUGGUUGGCGGGUGCUCUUGUAUGGUUUGCUCCUUGUUUCGUUCUAUAUAAUAUCUAUUGUCCCUGUCUCUCGAAACACCUGUAAUCCCUGGCGCUUAUAUAUUGCAAGUGACGUAAAACAACAAUGUCCAAGGCUCAAAAGAAAGGCAUAAGCUUCAACAUUCGUUAGUAAAUAAAAAUCCCCAAUGUUUAUGGUGGGCGGGCGGAUGGUCUGGGAUGGUUUGCUCCCUUUUUCUUCCCGUCUUAUAUCUAUCGUCCCCCUCUCUCCUUCUUUUAGGUGUUUGUUACUCGCUCGUAGCACCUCUAUCUCCGACACUUGUAUACUUAAUUGUGUUGCAAGUGCCGUAAAACCCUUACUAAAACGACAAGGUAAGAAGGCUCAGAAGAAAAGUAUAAGCUUCAACAUUCCAGUGUAAAUAAAAAACCCAAUGAAAAUACUCAAUUCCAGGGCACAAAACCCUACUAAAAGUUUAAAUUGUACAUGUAUUUAAUAUUUUCAGAGAACAAAAGAAAUGCAGAUGGGAAGAAGGAAAGACAUACCCUUACAUUCUCACUUCCUUUCCUCAAUUGUGUUGUGCGAUAGCAUUCCCAAAAGCCAAUGUUACUCUGUACAUACAAAAAAGUUCCAGUAGUUAAUGCAGUCAAUGCUUAACCAUUUAAUGCACAAUCAUAAUAAUAAUAUCCUCAACCUGUUGCUCCUUCCGGGUGGUUUGGUUGGGGUGGGAGGGAUGGGACGCUGCUGGUAUAUGUAGGUCCUACUUCUUUCCUUUCCUUCUUUUGUUUCUUUUUGUCUGUCUACCCUUUUCAUUGAUGAUUGACAGGUGUUCAGAUGUGGUUUACUACCUCUUUCCUAUCAAACAUAUUAUAUCUCCCUGAUUUCUUAUCCUUUUUUGUGUGUGUUUGUUAGUAAGUAAACUAACUUACUCUGUGUUUGUUACUCUCUUGUAACACCUCAAGUCUUACUGAAGGUAAACUCAAGUUUUCCUACUUACUAGAUCUAAUUGACCGUUACAGUGCCAUUGUGCUUCUCUCUACAUUUAAACAAAGAAACAGGUGCUAGAAGCCAAAAAACAGUCUUCAAUUUGGAGCUAUGAUAAACUUGUAAUGCUCAAAAGCAGGGUCAAUUGAACGCUAAGUUAACAAGUGAAGGCCAUGAUAUCGCUUGACAUUCUUGUAUCAACAAUAUACAGGCAUGUUUCCCCUCCUUCUGCCUUUAUGUAUAAUAUAGACCUAGGAAAGGAUACAACUACAAAAACUUCUACAACUCGCCUUGUACUGUUAGGUAUACAAAGCGGAAAGCAGUCGACAACACGCUUGUCUGGCCCUGGACACUUCCUCUAUAUUUGACAUAAUAUCUAGGUCUUGGGUGAUAUUUAAUCUCUGAUCGUACUCCCAUGACUGCCAGUCGGUCGCAGCAGGUGGUUGGGGUGUGUUCUAUUUCUUCUGUAUUUCCCCUGAGUUGUUUCCACCUCCUUGUCAUACUUUUUCCCAGCACUAAAUUGACAUUAAGGGGUCUAUGUGCUUCGUUUUACUCAAACAAACAACCCGGUUGGUCUACUUCUUUUUUCAUUUAUUGGUCUCCAGUUCUAUGUCUGAUAAAACAAUCUUGUCUCUGGCACACUCAAAUAUUUCCAUCUUCUCUUUUGUGCAGUCAUGUUGAUUUCUCCAAUUCGACCUCUUUCAAACACUUAACUAUCCAUUCCACUUUAAAAGGAGGAUAGCCACAGAAAAGCUGCUUCAGCCUUUAACUCUUUGACGACGUGCCUCCUGGUCAUCAAAACUCUUAAUAAUGACAUGCGGUUUGGGGCGCUUUAAAAAAGAAGCAUAACUUCGUUAUUCAUUCUCAUUUUUCCAGUCUGUUUUAAAAUGACUAGCAACAAAAGGUAUACAAUGAAAUGUAAUUCAUGUGUCUUAUUUGUGUAAGAUGUCUCGAAAUGUGCUACAACAUUGCCUUUGGCGUACUGCUGAUCGGACGUAUUUGUCUGCUACGUCUUCAAAGAGUUAAAGAGUUUUUAGCCUGAAGGAUUUCUAAAUUAUUUCUGAAGAGUCGAUCAAGAUUCUUGUCCAGGGAAGGAAUAAACAUGGCUUAAAUUAUUGAGAACUUUUUUUCGUUUGAUCUGAGAAAUGACGAACCAGUUUAUUUGGUUCCGAGUCACACAGCUGUUUUUGUUGCAAUGCUUUUCAUGAACUUGUACUUGGAUGGAUAGAGACUGGGAGAGUGAUGGACGGAUAGAGGAACGAGAUAUGUUGAAAGACAGAGAGAAACGGAGAGAGAAAGAAAGAAAGAGAGAGAGAAAUGUGACACUUUACUCAUUUUUAUAAGUUUGUAUUUGUACGCUACUAUUUUUAAAGACCAAUGCCGAAGUAAUCAUAAAAAUGAAAAUGAAGAUGACAUACAUCUCCAUCUACAUUAUUUUAAAUUGUACUGGAAGCGGGCUGCUUCGACUCUGCCUGUCAGACCAACCCAGGCAGGCUGAGAGGAUACAACGUCCAGCACAUUGACGGAGAGACUUGAUAAAAACCUUCGACACACGGCCAUCAAACGUCAUAUCUUCUUGUGCAACGGCGAAGAGCCUAACCACUACAAUUGUAUUAAAUUUGUACAUUAUAAAUCCACUUUGAAAAUAUAUGGCACUCAAUGUGUUGAUUUGUGUCAAACACAGCAUGAGUGGUGCAUGACAAUUUUGUACGAAUAAACUUAAUAAUAAAUAUGGGACAAUAA